AUGGACACAGAGCUGGGUCUGGACUCCACGCUGUGGAUCCGCAGCAGGAGGCACCGAGCAGUUCUGACAGGCUGGAAUUUCAACUGGACCGAGGUGGACAAGACAAACCGCAACAAGAAAACCAUAUGGGUGCCUGUGUCAGAGGUGGUUGGGGUGGAGGAAGGCAGAGUGCAGAUCCUGCCCCACAAGUUGGUCGAGGACACAGACAAAGACUUUACAGUUUUUUAUGUUCAGCGCUGCAAUCGUUCUGGCUCAUCUGGAGUACUAUGGAGACUGGGCCAGACCCAGUUCACUUGCCCAAGUCGGGUAUUGAGAGACCAGUGGAUCAAACACCUGCGAGCAGCUCUGAAAACACAUAGCCCCCUACGCCCAAACCGUUUGUUAGUGUUUAUCAACCCAUUUGGAGGAAAGAAGCAAGGACAACAAAUCUACCAUACUUGUGUCGCACCAUUGUUUGAGCUUGCUGGCAUAAGCUCACAUGUAGUAGUGACCCAUCGACCAAACCAGGCCAGAGACUACCUGCUAAAGAAGGACCUGACCGGAUUUGACGGUGUGGUGUGUGUAGGCGGAGACGGCAUGUUCAGCGAAAUACUUCACGGUGUGAUUGGGCGAACACAACAAAAGGCUGGCCUUUGUGAAAAUGAUCCCUCAGCGACGCUGCAGUCUUGUCAUCUUCACAUAGGCAUCAUCCCUGCAGGCUCCACGGACUGUGUGUGUUACGCUACAGUGGGAGUGAUAGACCCCGUUACCUCAGCUUUGCACAUUAUUAUAGGAGACUCACAACCAUUAGAUGUGUCUGCUGUCCAUCAUCCAUCCAGCCCCGUGCACUACUCUGUCUCUCUGGUGGGUUAUGGAUUUUAUGGAGAUGUUUUGGUUCAAAGCGAGAAGCACCGCUGGAUGGGGCCUCUCAGAUACGACUACUCAGGUACAAUUGUGUAUUUGAGCAACAGGAGCUAUGCUGGCAUUGUUCAGUACCUUCCAGCUGACCCACUGCUCUCCAGCCCGAGAGACAAAACACGAUGUCUGGCAGGAUGCAAUGUUUGCGCGAGAAGCACAGAGAGAACAUUUCCUCACUUUGUCGAUUCACUAUGCGGCUCCCACAAGAAUAAGUUCAGCAGUCAUUCUGAAGGAGAGUGGGUGAGUAUCAAAGGCAGGUUCAGGUGCGUCUCCCUCACUUGCAUGUCCAGCUCCUGUCCCAAAAGUCCUCUGGGCCUGUCCCCCUCUGCUCACCUGGCUGACGGGACUGGAGACCUGAUCCUGGUGAGGGACACAGACCCCCUGAGCUUUCUCAAGUUCCUGUAUAGACACACCAACUCAGAGGACCAGUUUGAUCUGCCUUUUGUGGAGGUUCAUCGCGUUAAGGCAUUCCGCUUCCUCCUCUCCUCUGAAGACGAAGAAAAAUAUCGAGGAGUGGACAGUCUCGGCGUGAAUACACAGAUAAGGGCAUGUACAAUGGAGCCUGUGUGUGCCAGUGGCUCUCAGCAGCACCUAGUGGAGGAUGACCUAGAGAAGAAGAGUCCGUCACUGCUGGUGUGUGGACUGUGCUGCAGGAAAACACCUGCUGUGUCUGUGUGGAACUGUGAUGGAGAGAUUCUGCCCUAUACAGAGAUACUCUGCAGAGUUCAUGGUCAAUUGGUUCGCCUGUAUGCUCGAGGGAUAGAAGAUCAAACAACUAUUCAAGAUGGUACUAGAGAAAGAGGCCUCUGA